AUGGUGAACCUAGUGCGUGCUAGUGCCCGUGCAGUGGGCCCUAUGCGCCCGAACACUAAGCGUGAUAUCAGACGACUCGGCAGUUAUCCUGUUCCCCCUGAGUCGAAGAACUUCUGGCGAGGACGCUUCCAGGUGCCAGGUGGACAGAUCCAGCAAGGCGUUUCUCCGAUGCAACAGAAAAUCUUCUUCCAGUGGUGGUGGAAUCUGCCUACCCGCGACUUCGCUUCAAGAUACUUCUGGCGUUUCACCAAGUGGUCCGACUUCCUGAUACCUUCCCUUAUGUGGUAUACGGGCUUUUUAAUGUGCAAGAACGACGUGGAGGAAGGAACUCGAUCGAGGUACUGGUAUUAA